AUGCUUUUCCUGACCGCGCUCUACGUUCUUGCAAACUCGGUCUCCAAAACCACAGGCGGACCUCUUGACCUUUCUACCACUGCUCCCACCGCCUGUCAUUGCAACGCAAACCUCAACGCCCGAGAGGUUGUAUUCGAGAAGAACUACCGCUCAAUAUGGGACAUAAUCUGGACAUGUUUGGCCACGAUAUUCGCUUGUACCUGGGUCGCUAUUCACCCCAACCUCCGAGGGUAUAAAGCCACCUAUUGGGAAAGGUUCCUGCAAAGGAUAGAAUUGAUGCUGUGGGCGAUUAUCAUCCCUGAAGCUAUUACUGUAUGGGCGUUCAGGCAAUGGAUCGGUGCCAGGAAGAUUCUGGCUGACGUUAGGGAGUUGAAAAAGAAAGAGAGUUUGGAGGAGGAGGAUCCUGGGUUUGGAGAUGGUGAACGAGCGCCACCUGCAGAGUGGACCAUGGUUCACGCCCAGUUCUUCCAAAUGGGCGGAUACAUAUUCAAAGAUGAAACAGGAUUUCGAUACAUCGAUUGGGCUGAUCUCACUCGCGAAGACGAUACCGAAUUCGUGCGGCACAGGACAGCUCUGCUCCUCCGUCCAGAUACAAAAGACGAAAUCGCUGACAAGAGUAAAUCGGACGGGUUUGCAAAGGUCUUCGUCAUCAUCCAGACGGUCUGGUUCCUGGCUCAGUGCGUUGCACGAGCGAUCCAAGGUCUUUUCGUCACAGAGUUGGAGGUUACCACCACUGCUUAUAUCGCCGUAAGCCUCGUCUUCCACUUCUUCUGGUGGCACAAACCAUUGGACGCCGAGUGUCCGAUCAUUGUGCAUGUUCGGCUACCCCAACAAGAUGAGAGCAGCAAAGACGCCGCUUCUAGAACGAUUGGCUUGGGAGACGAGGAAGAAGCUGGGACAGUGGAGGAUGGGCGUCAUGAUCGAGCAGCCCCGGGAGGGCGUUUCGGCACAGUCAUGGAAAGAUGCCUGGGGAAACAAUGCCGUCGCAUAUUCAGAUGGACAACGAAUUGGUCAGCACCAUUGAGGAUAGUUGCGUUCGUGGUGCUCCUGCUGCCUUGCAUCAUUGAGCACUUUCUGUAUCGACUCGCUAAACCCUGUGGCCUCCAGACGAGCUUGACAGGACAACGGGCGCCCACUUUCUACGCGUUCUACCCGGGGAACACCAGGCACGACUACAUCGGCCUUUGGGGCGUUAUCAUCAUCAGCACAAUCUUCGGUGGAAUCCACUGCAUUGCAUGGGGCUUCACGUUCUCGUCGAUUUUGGAGUGA